AUGGACAAGAAAGACAUUCCCUUUCUCACGGCCACGGAACUUUCCAAUCUAAUCGCCUCCAAGGAACUGUCCCCCGUCGAGGCUGCCGAGGCAUACCUGGACCGCAUCGACGACCUGGACUUCCAGUUCAACUCCUACCUUACGGUCACCCGCGAAGAGGCCCUCCGGGCCGCCCGGCAAGCCGAGCAGGAAAUCAUGCAGGGCAACAUCCGCGGCCCGAUGCACGGAGUCCCCAUCGCCGUCAAGGACCAGAUGUGGACCAAGGGGAUACGCACCACCGGCGGUUCCCGGAUACUGGCGGACUUCGUGCCCGACGAGGAUGCUACGGUCAUCGCCAAGCUUAAAGACGCAGGCGCAGUCCUGUUGGGCAAGACCAACCUGAGCGAGUUCGCCAUUACACCCUUUAGCCACCGCUUCAGCCUCCCGAGGAACCCGUGGGACUUGGACCUGUCCGCCGGCGGCUCCAGUAGCGGCUCGGGCGCGGCCACCGCAGCUUUUCUUUGCGCCACCUCUUUGGGUGAGGAUACCGGUGGCUCCAUCCGGCGUCCGGCGGCGUGGUGCGGCUUGGUGGGGAUGCGGCCCACUUGGGGCUUGGUCAGCCGCUAUGGGCUGAUGAAGGGCAUCUGGUCCAUGGAUACCGUUGGCCCUAUUUCGAGGAGUGUGGCCGACGCGGCCAUCACCUUAGGCGCCAUCGCCGGCCAUGACCACAAGGACCCUUAUAGCUGGAACAAGCCGGUCCCGGACUACCUCGGCGCUUUGGACGGAGAUAUAAGCGGCGUCCGCAUUGGCGUGGUCUCUGAGUUGCUUCACGAUGAAGUGGUGGAGCCGGAGACCAGGGACGUGGUGCAAAGAGCUAUUGCGGUCUUGGGAGAGUUGGGCGCGUUGGUGGAAGAAGUGUCGAUACCCCUGACGGCCCACGCCAACACCGUCUCGUCGAUUUUGCUCGCUGCCGAGCCUGCCCAGAACCAACGGGAGUGGGUGCUGGAUCGGUUGGAGGACUACGGGCAUGACAAUCGGAUAGGACUGCUCGUCGGGAGCCUGAUGCCCGGCGUGGCGUACCUGAAAGCCCAGAAGCUGCGGAGUAUGCUUCGGCAACAGGUCCACGAGACUCUGGAAAACUACGAUGUCCUGGUGUCUCCCACGGCCGGGAGGCCGGCGGUGGCGCGCCAGGACGACCCGGUUAUCACCAGCAAGGAGAUGGCGGGGCGGAUGCCCUACAUGCGCACCAACACCUUCAACCUUUCCAGUACCCCGGCGGUCUCAGUGCCCUGUGGUUUCAACUCCGGCUCCCUGCCCAUCGGACUACAAGUAGCUGGAAGGCCUGGUGGGGACGCCACCGUCCUCAAGGUGGCCCACGCCUACGAGCAGGCUACGUCCUGGCACACCAUGCGCCCGCCCCACGCCUGA